UGUUUAUAUGUUUAUUUGUCAGCAAGAGAUAACCUGAGAAUGUUUAGAAAUGGGAAUGUUUAUUUACCAGCAUCAAAUAAACUGGGAGUGUUUGUAAAUGGAAUUGUUUAUUUGUCAGCAAGAGAUAAAGAGAUAUUUGGGGGUAAGCUCGAGUUCAGAUUUACCUCCAGAGGCCUAAACUGCUCUUGAUUGAUCUGUGGAAAUAUUGGAUAUAAACAAUGAAAGAAACACUAUGGAAGAAGAUUGAUAUAUUGAAGAUGGAUUAGUGAAGAAAUAAAGCAUUGACAAAUAAGAUUUACCAUGUCAUGACACAUGCAUGACAGAGCAGAUAAGUAAAACAUUAGACAUUCCAAAUUAAGUUGGCAAAAUGGCGGCUACUUGCAUAAUGAAGCAAGUGGAGGAGAGGCAUGUUGCAACAGAAAUAAUCAAGUGUGUUUGGUCUCCCAAGAUGGAUUUAGUUGCAAUUGCAAAUAGUCAAGCUCAGGUGUCAAUGCAUCGGCUCUACUGGCAACGGGUCUGGAUCAUCAACUCUCCCGGGGAAAAUGUGAAAGUUAAAGGUUUGGCGUGGAGGCCUGACAGCAAAGUCCUUGCCAUUGGGUAUUCUUCAGGUAAGUCUAACUUUGCUUCCCUUUUUUCUGUGUGUAUUGUUUAUCCUAGGGUUAUUCCAACCUUUUUUUUUUAUGUAUGCUAUAUUCAGACAUUGCUUUUUUUGAAAAUAGUGGUGUUUACCUUAGUGUUUUCUGUUUGGAUAUAUAUAAUAUAC